CUGGCCAAUCAGAAUCCUCUUCGGCUACAUUCCCUCCUUCUGACUCAACCUUGUUAAACAAGGAAGUGGGGAACUGAGGCAGAUGGACUGGCAGACUGUUUUUCAGUGAACAUUGAACAGGUAAACGUGUACUGGAUACUUUUAUAUUCAAUUAACAAACCAAAUACAUGUCUCAAAUGCAUGCUGAUGAAGAGGGCAGCCUUGUGGAUAUAGAAGGCUGCAAAUGACAGGAUCGUCAAGCUGAUUUUGAAAGUGAAAACAAAUUGUGUUAAUCAAAACAGACAGUACAUAUGGCAUCUAAAUCUUUGGAAGAGGACUUCACCUGUCCUGUGUGCUAUGACGUCUUCAAGGACCCUGUUGUCCUCUCAUGCAGUCAUAGUAUCUGUAAAGUCUGUCUGCAGCAGUUUUGGGAAACCAAAGGGUCCAGAGACUGUCCCGUCUGCAGGAGGUCAUCAAAGGAUAAUCCUAUCCUAAACCUCCACUUAAGGAACCUGUGUGAGUCUUUCUUACAGGAGGGAAGUCAGAGAGCUUCAGCUUCAGGAUGGUCUGAGGUGCUCUGCAGUCUGCACAGUGAGAAACUCAAGCUCUUCUGUCUGGAGGAUAACCAGCCUGUGUGUGUGGUGUGUAGAGACUCCAAAAAACACACUGGCCACAAAUUUCACCCUGUUGAUGAAGCAGCCCUUGACCGUAAGGAGGAGCUCAAGAUCAAAUUGCAGCCCUUACAGGAGAAACUGAAGACCUUUGAGGAGGCUAAAGACAGCUGUGAUAAAACAGCAAAACACAUCAAGACACAAGCUCUAAACACAGAGAUAUGGGUCAAGGAGGAGUUUGAGAAGCUUCACCAGUUUCUACGAGACGAGGAGACGGCCAGGAUAGCUGCACUGAGGGAGGAAGAGGAGCAGAAGAGUCAGAUGAUGAAGAGGAAGAUUGAGAAGAUGAGCAGAGAGAUUUCAUCUCUUUCAGACACAAUCAGAGCCAUAGAAAAGCAGAUGAAAGCUGAUGCUGUCACAUUCCUGCAGAACUACAGGAGCACAGUGGAAAGGGCCCAGUGCACACUGCAGGAUCCAGAGAGGGUUUCAGGGGCUCUGAUCAAUGUGGCAAAGCACCUGGGCAACCUGAAGUUCAGAGUCUGGGAGAAGAUGCAGGAGAUUGUUCAGUACACUCCUGUCACUCUGGACCCCAACACUGCACAUCUACGUCUCAUCCUGUCUGAGGAUCUAAGCAGCAUGACAUUUGGUGAUGAGUGGCAGCAACUUCCUGAUAACACAGAGAGAUUUGAUUGGGUUGCCAGUGUCCUGGGCUCUGAGGGCUUUAACUCAGGGACUCACAGCUGGGAUGUGGAGGUUGGGGAGAACACACGGUGGUAUUUGGGUGUGAUGACAGGGUCGGCCCAGAGGAAGGGAGACUCAACCUCUAUGAGUGGACGCUGGAUUGUGUAUUAUAAUGAUAGUAAAUAUGCAGCCCAUUCUCCAUCACAGCCCACCACUCUCCUCCCAGUAAAGCAGAAACUCCAGAGGAUCAGAGUGCAGCUGGACUGGGACAAAGGAGAGCUGUCAUUCUCUGACCCUGAUAAUAACACACACAUACAUACUCAUACACACACUUUCACUGAGAGAGUGUUUCCAUACUUUAAUGCUGAUAGUGUGUCUGCUCUGAAGAUCCUACCAGUGAAGGUCUCAGUGAGAGUAGAGCAGCCCAGUUAGAGCUUGUCGUGUCUCUGUGUGGACCAGAACUGAUCAGCAUGAGGAGAUGAAUCAGUUAGACUCUGAGUACUGAGAGAAAACACCAACAUAAGACAAACUGACUUUUUUUUAAGGUUUUUUAAGGUUUUCAUCCAAUCGUUCUUUUCUCUGUUGUAUGGAUGUCCCUUUUUAAAGGUAUACUAUGCAGUUUCAUGUUUUUUGCCGACUCUAGAACUCCCCCUAUAGAGUCAUGAUAUAUUUAUAUUUUUCUUUGACGUUGUAAAUGAUAGUUCUCAUAGCUUGUUCCCCCUGUACACAAUGAAACUGCUUUUGUUGUGAGGCAAAGGAUCUCCAAAGAGCUAUAUCU